CAUUCCUGCUCUCAUUCCGAGCAUUCUUCGCAUCUCUCUCGGUGCGGCGGAGAUUCCCGUUCACAUUCCCGGCCGGCCCCAAAACACAAGAAUAACUUUACACAGUUCGCAAACAACUAUACAAACCCACAGUAGAACAAAACAAAGGGGCCGAACUUAAAUGUUGAUAUAAAUAAAGCGGACGUUAAGGUAAGUUUUAAGUUGGCUACGCCGCACAUUUCGGAGCGGAGCACAAAUAUAGCGCGGAGAGAGACUUGUUGCUCGCGUAUCUUUGGCGUUUAUUCCCCAGCUUCGGUUCACAUCUCACCCGAUUCACCCUAGUCUGCUCCAGGCUUCGGCUUGGAGGUCCCAACCGCCGCCAUUGAUCCCAGCAGCUGGAGUGGCAGUGAAAGCUCUGCCGAGGAUAUUGAGAGGAUGAGCGACUCUGCAGACAAGCCCAUUGACAACGAUGCAGAGGGGGUGUGGAGUCCUGACAUAGAGCAGAGCUUUCAGGAGGCACUGGCCAUCUACCCGCCCUGUGGACGCCGCAAAAUUAUCCUCUCGGAUGAGGGCAAGAUGUAUGGUCGGAAUGAGCUGAUUGCCAGAUACAUUAAACUCAGAACUGGGAAGACAAGGACACGGAAACAGGUGUCUAGUCACAUACAGGUCUUAGCAAGAAAGAAAGUUCGAGAAAUCCAAGCUGCCAUCAAGGUGUCUAGUCACAUUCAGGUUCUUGCCAGAAGGAAAUCUCGCGAAUUUCAUUCCAAGCUAAAGGAUCAGAGUGUGAAGGACAAAGCUCUUCAGAGUAUGGCCUCCAUGUCCUCGGCCCAGAUCGUCUCUGCCACUGCCAUCCACAACAAGCUGGGUCUUCCGGGCAUCCCACGUCCUGCCUUCCCCGGAGCAGCAGGGUUUUGGCAGGGCAUGAUAUCCACGGGCCAGCCUGGAUCCUCACAAGACAUCAAGCCAUUUGCUCAGCAAGCAUACCCCAUCCAGCCAGCAGUCACAACUACAAUCUCAAGUUAUGAUCCGCCGACAGCGCCGGUGCCCACAGUGCCCGCCUGGCAGGGACGAUCUGUCGGCACAUCUAAACUCAGACUGGUGGAGUUCUCCGCUUUUCUGGAGCACCAGAGAGAUCCAGAUUCCUAUAACAAGCAUCUUUUCGUGCACAUCGGUCAGACAAAUCACUCUUACAAUGAUGCCUUGCUCGAGUCAGUGGACAUCCGUCAGAUUUACGACAAAUUUCCUGAGAAGAAGGGAGGGCUGAAGGAAUUGUUUGGCAAGGGUCCUCAGAAUUCAUUCUUUCUCAUAAAGUUCUGGGCUGACUUGAACUGCAACAUUCAGGACGAAGCUGGGGCCUUCUAUGGAGUGAGCAGUCAGUACGAGAGCCCGGAGAACAUGACCAUCACCUGCUCCACAAAGGUUUGCUCGUUUGGCAAACAGGUCGUGGAGAAAGUGGAGACAGAGUAUGCUCGCUUUGAGAACGGACGCUUCGUUUACCGGAUAAGUCGAUCUCCGAUGUGUGAAUACAUGAUCAACUUCAUCCACAAACUCAAACACCUUCCUGAGAAAUACAUGAUGAACAGCGUCCUGGAGAACUUCACCAUCUUAUUGGUGGUAACAAACAGAGACACACAGGAGACCCUGCUGUGCAUGGCCUGUGUGUUUGAAGUGUCAAACAGCGAGCACGGAGCCCAGCAUCAUAUCUACAGACUAGUGAAGGAAUGAAGCAGCUCUUUCACACAGACUCUGGACCUCAGUACAGUGGCAGUGCCUCUAGCUCAGCACUCACUCACGUCACAUUUGGGUGAUGCGUAUAAUUAUUAUAUGAAUAUAUAUAUUUUUUUCUUCGUUAUUAAUAUGUGCUUGACAUUUAACUGCAGCUGUGAAUCACGGUACAGUUGUAUUAUGUUUUAAUAUGGGAAAGAAUGUCAAAGAAUCCUGAAUUAACAUUAAUUCAUAGACUAUACAUAUAAAGUGACAGUAUCAUUCAACUUAAAGGUUAGGUUGAGUUGGAAUCUAAAAACGACCUCAUUCUGAUUUUUUUAUCUAGAAAGCAUACACAUCUGAAAGCGAAUGGGUGCAGCCAUAAAUGUGACCCUGGAGCACAAAUCUGGUCAUAAGUAGCACAGGUAUAUUUAUAGCAUUAGCCAACAAUACAUUGUAUGGGUCAAAAUUAUAGAUUUUUCUUUUAUGCCAAAAAUCAUUAGGAUAUUAAGUAAAGAUCAUGUUCCAUGAAGAUAUUUUGUAAAUAUCCUACUGUAAAUAUAUCAAAACUUAAUUCUUAUUAGUAAUAUGCAUUGCUAAGAACUUCAUUUGGACAAUUUUAAAGGCAAUUUUCUGAAUUUUUUUUUUUUUUGCACCCUUAGAUUCCACAUUUUCAAAUAGUUGUAUCUCCUGUCCUAUCCUAUCAAACCAUACAUCAAUGGAAACCUUAUCUAUUCAGAUUUCAGAUUAUGUAUAACUCUCACUUUAAUAUAAAAUUGACACUUAUGACUGGUUUUGUGGUCCAGGCACACAGAUUUGUGUGUGAGUAUGAUGUAGGUGUACAGAUGUAUAUACAUUCUCACAUGUGUAGGUAUUUUUCCGAAAGAAAAAGAAAUUUCAUUCUGUAACAUAGAUUUAUUAAAAUGAAAGCUACUGUAGGUGUUUUUAAAAAGAUUCUUGUGGCCAUCGGAAAACAAAGCGUUCCUGCAUUCUGAACAUUUCGAGAAUUCAGGGAAUUCUAAAGCCCAGCCCUUGAAAAGAAUUACUUUGUACACUACUUUCUUAUUUUUCGUUGAGGAAUUACUGCACUGUGAUACGAGAUGUUUAUACCAACCUGUGUCUGUUGUCAUGUUUCAUAACCUGCAAUAAGAAAACGCAGAGAAUCGACCCCUUACUGUUGACUGUACAGCUAAACUCCUCCUGCUUGUGUAAAAGAUAACUCUAGAAAUGAAGCACUGCAUUAACUACCAGGGCUUGAUGGAUUAUCCAUCAGAUUGACCCAAGCAUUUGGAUCCACUUGUCGGACAAGAAUUAGCGUGUUUUUGCCGCUGGGAAAGACCCACUUUUCAUGAAGCCCAUCCCUGAAUGUGCUGUACACCUGUAUGUCACAGAGCACUCCUUUAUCCUCUGUAAAAAUCUGUCCCAGAGUUCCUCGCUGCCUUUGACCUCCCCACACAGCCCUCGUCUCUGUGGCCUAAUCGAUUUCUAUGACUACAAGCCUUAAUAAUGGUUGUGUGAACUCCAAAAGAUGCCACUAAAGCUGUGACCUCUUUUCUAAGCUGGAAGACUUGCUUGUUAUUGUCACGUUGUAGGAAUUAUACAGUACUAACCUUCCAAAGUGUAACAAUAUACAAGCACAGUGCCUUAGUGUAUGAAGCGAGCUUGGAUGAGCGCAGUCGUUUUUCGGGAAAAAAAUAACCUAACGCUAAAGGUGCGGUCAUAUUUACUGAUGCUAGGUGGAGAAAUCAGUGCAGAUGAAAUCAGUCAUUCCAAUAGGAAUUUGUGUGAUUGGGAGUUUUGUGUAAAGGCAGAACUUUUACUCAUUUUUAAGUUGUUUAAAGUGAGUUGGUGGCACUGACCCACUGAGAGAUGCUUGGUUUGAAAGUGACUUCUGUGUAAGCUGUGCUUACACAUAGCUACGUUGUUGAUAAUAACCAGUGGACUUUUAGCCCACAAAAUUUUGCCACAGUUUCGCAAAUGUGACCGCACCUUAAGAUCCUACGAGUCAUCUUUAUAAAAGAGCACUGGCCAUUCGGUUGACCUUUCACUCUCAGAGACGGAAGACAUAUUUAGACAUACAGAUCUUGCCUUUCUUAUCCGAAAAGACCAAAAAAUUGAAGGAGAUGCAUCGAGCUCCUCUUUAUUUCCUGCACUGUAGCAUGAAAGUGCCUUUGGUUACGAUUUUUCCAGCUUAGAAAAGACUGAUGUUUUUUUGCGUUCUUAAAAUUGUCAAAAACCAAAAAAAAAGUGGAUGUAGGUCAAAUAUUCACCACAUUGCCUUCAUAAGAAUUUUAUAGAAAAAUCAACAUGGGCUAGUGAGUGGAUAUGUUCUGAAAUAAAGUUAUGUAAUAUUAAUAACAAACUUCUAUCAGCAUUUGAUUUGGUGGAUGUGGCAAGCUGUCAUUUAAAUAUAUAUAUAUAU